CGUUGUCCCGCCCGCCGGCCAACGGGUGGCUCGCGUGUGGCGGGUUGAGAGGUGAAAGAUCAGGCGGGGCGGCGGGAAGAUGGCGGCGCUGGCGGUUGCCGGGCGGGGGACGCGGGCUCCGUGAAGGGAUGGCGAGGCGGGCGGCGCGCAGCGGCUGAGGCUCCCCCGCCGCUCCCCCGCGCGCUCCUGUCGGUCGGUCCCAUGAGCGGGGCGGGCGGUCUGGCGUGGCGCGCGCUGCACGCGCUGGUGCGCGCCUUGCUCUGCUUGCAGCGCGCGCUACUCGCGUGCCUGCGUGGCCGCGCGGCCGCCGCCGCCGCCACCUCUUGCGCGCUCCUGGCACCCGCCGCCCGCGCGCUCGGGUUCCGCGAGGCGCGCGCGGCCUGGCGGCGGCGGGGAUCUGCGCGCGGCGCGGCGGCGCGCGGACGGCAGCGGUGGCGCGCGGACGGGCGCGCCCUGCGGAAGCUGCCGGUGCACGUGGGGCUGGUGGUGACCGAGGAUGAGCCGAGCUACGCGGACAUGGCCAGUCUGGUCGUGUGGUGUAUGGCCGUGGGCAUCUCCUACGUCAGCGUCUACGACCAUAACGGUAUUUUCAAGAGAAAUAAUUCAAGAUUAAUGGAUGAAAUUUUAAAACAGCAGCAAGAACUCUUGGGACUAGAUUGCUCCAAGUACACCGUGGAAUUUGCAAAUCACGACAAAACUGGUCAAGUUUUAAAUUGCCAAUCUACAUUGAAGGUGCUGUCUCCAGAAGAUGGAAAAGCAGACAUAGUCAAAGCUGCUCAGAACUUCUGUCAGUUGGUAGCACAGCAGCAAAGAACACAUUCAGACCUGGAUGUGAAUAUGUUAGACAACUUAUUAAGUAGUACAAAUGGAUUUCCUGAUCCUGAUUUAGUCUUGAAGUUUGGUCCUGUGGACAGCACAUUAGGAUUCCUUCCAUGGCACAUCAGACUGACAGAAAUCAUUUCUUUGCCUUCCCACCUAAACAUCAGCUAUGAAGACUUUUUCUCUGCCCUCCAUCACUAUGCAGCCUGUGAGCAACGCUGGGGAAAGUGACUUCGGGCUGAGUGCAUGGAGUUAGGCUUUCUGUGGGAAGGAAUUGAUGUCUGUUUACAAGCAUCUGCGACCCAUAAGUCUGGUUCAUAGUCCUUUCUUAAUUUAUCAAAAAAAUUCAAUAAAGUGUCUUACCUUUCUAGAGA